AUCUCCAUCGGUAGACAUGAUCUUGGUUCUAGGUUCUGAGAGAUUGGCUCUCUUCUUGAUAGGAGGUGGUAGAUGUUAUCUUUGGGUUGGCCGAGGGCACUCGUGAUAAAUCUCUUCUACAGGAGCUUCAAGAGAAGAGGUUUUUGCUUUCUUAGGUCUAGUGUGUUUUCUAAUGUUCAAGCCUUUUUGCUUAUGUUCUUAGGUUAUGAGUUUGUCCUCUUUCGAUUUCGGUUUGAAAUUUCUUGCUUGGUG